GAUUCUCUGGAGACACAGAAAACCUGUGUGUGUCCACAGACUCGGUGCGGUUGGUCUCGGGGUCCAGUCUGUGUUCAGGAUCAGUGCAGAUCUGGGACGGGUCCUGGACCGGGGUCUGUGACGGGGACUUGGACCAGCGGGGGGCAGAGGUGCUGUGCAGGGAGCUGGACUGUGGGGCUCCUUCUCUCCUCCAGGGGGCGCUCUCUCCUCUGGGGCAGACGUUCCACUGUGAGGGCCAUGAGUCUGCUCUGAUGGACUGUCCCCGCUCCAACUCAAGCACCUGCUCCUCUGGAGCCACUGUCAACCUCACCUGCUCAGAGCCGCUCAGGUUGGUGGGAGGAGCCAGUCGCUGUGCUGGGACUGUGGAGCUGAGACUCAUUGGAGAGUGGAGACGAGUGGAGGAGCGCUAUGGAGACUGGUACCAGGAGGACACAACUGCUUUGUGCAGAGACCUGGACUGUGGCUCUGCUGUUUAUGGAGAAGAAAAAUCUGGUUUUCCACAGAGUCGUGUGUGGAGGGUCACAUCCGACUGUGUGAAGAAGUCUUCAGUGAGAGAAUGUGUCUCUGAUUCAUUCUCCUCUUCCUGGGGUCUGGAGGUGAAGUGUUCAGACUUGGUCCUGAAUCGUCCAAUCAUCUCCGUGUCUGUGAGUGACGGGGCGUCCGAGCUCCAGCCUCAGGGGGUGCAGGUGCAGCUGGGCUCAAAGUUCAGGGUCAAAUGCUCCGUGGAGCCACAGUACCCGGGAGGCUCCUUCCGGCUCCUCUCUCCCGCCGCGCCCCCCGCUCAGAACUGCACCCUGCCCGCCGUCAAUCACUCCGCCCACUUCCUGUUCUCUGACGCUGGCCCCGCCCACAAAGGAAACUACACCUGUGUUUACCUCCUGCAGGUGUCUGACCACAACUUCUCCUCUCAGAGCCACACACUCCAGCUCUCUGUGGGAGAGUCAGACUCAGACCUGAUCAUCAGAGCCGUGGUGAUUCUUCUGUUGAUGCUCCUGUUCACCCUCCCAAUGUACUACUACUGCAAGGCCCGGGCCAGAAGGGGCGCUAGAGAGAGGACCUCAGACGACCUGGAGUUACACCGGGGCAGAUCCAUGUGA